GCCGCUUUGUAUACAUCUUCAUCGCGCGAAAAACCAGCGCACUCAGCAGCUGUCUUGUAAUCAAUGGGUUAAACGCUGAACGGAGAAUGUGCAGCUGUGUAAUAGUUCUCUCUUAGUGGCACACUUAUGCAACAACCAUACGUUGCUUAGAAACGAGCCCAGGAUCCUGUAACCUGGGUGGAGGUGCCUCCAUAUCCCAUCAUGCUGUUAAAGGCACACAUGCGUCUCUGUCAGAGAUGCCUGUGGUGCUAUAGAAGUGGACUUUGCUUGCGCUCUCUCAGUACUGUAUACAGAUCUGGUGGGAACUACUAUGAGCUCUUGGGAGUAAAGCCGGAUGCUUCCAUGGAAGAAAUUAAGAAUGCGUUUUUCAACAAAUCUAAAAAGCUCCAUCCUGACAGUGACCUGAGCAACCCGGGCCUGCACAGCCAGUUUGUGGCCCUGAGCGAGGCCUACAGGGUUCUGAGCCGAGAGGCCCUGAGGAAGGAGUAUGACCAGUGUCUCCGUCAGCCAGCCCCCAGCAGCAGGCAGACCUUCAGCACAAAGUCUUCUGAAAACAUGCGGUACUGGGAACAGUUUCGAUAUGCCACACCACAGGAGUACAGCACUGAGCAGCUGAAGAAAAAGAAGAAACUGAACAUGCAUCUGGUUGGCUACUGCCUAGUAGCUAUGCUAGCAAGCUUGGCUGUUCACUACUUUGGCUUCAGGAAACUUGAGGAAAUCCACAAUAGCUUCAUGGAUGAGAAGGACAGAGCGAUCACAGAGAUUUACAAUGACUCUAAAGAAAGAGCCAGGGCAAAUGGUUUCAAAAGGCAGACAGAGAUUCUCAGGCAGAAGCAUGCUGAAUUUCUUGAAAAGUAUAAAGUGCGCAGUGGUGCGGAUGAUGACAAGUAGAGGCAGAGGCCGAGGCAGACGGUGGUGAUUAUGUGGAGUAGGAGGAGGACCGUGAAGGAAGAGUACUGGGUGGGAGGGACAUGGGUAGGAUGGGCUCAACUAUCCAUAAUUUAGACUUUGUGUGAAAUGGUUGAGUGAGAGCGAUUGAGGGUGAGAAAAUUAGGUUUUGUUGCCCUAUUAUAUAGUAGAGAAAGGAACAGAUGCUGGCGCGGGAAAUGCAGCGAGACUGAUUGAUCCCGUAAAGAGAUCUUGUAAAUAAGAUGUCUCUGAAAUAAACUGAACUGUAUUAUGGGCAAAAACGUGUCUCGUAGGAGUAAUGGAGAAAUCGUGUGUGCUGAGUGGUCGAUUUUUCUUACUCUUGUGAUGGUAAAAGAAAAGGUUUUUUUUUUUUAAUAAAAAUGUUAAAAGCAGUCCUUCGUGGGAAUAUAAUUGAUUUUGGUUUAUAUUUUGUCUAGGUAUUAGCUUUCUUUUAAUUGGAAGGAAAAUCGGAACCAACCAGCUGUUUUUCAAAAUGUCUUUAUUGAGGUAAUUCACACUCAGGUACACAACAAGGGCUGAUCUGAUUCAGGAUAUUGGGUCAUUUAUUUGAUCUUACUGUUUCGAUGAAGCUAUGCGCUGCAGACUGCAUAUCUCACUGUGGUCCAGCAUAGAAGUGAACUAGCCCUGCUUUAAAGAGCAGGGGAGGAUUGUCUCCUGCUUAGUCUAAUCAACUGUACGUUGCUCUGGAUAAGAGUGCCUGCCAAAUGCCAAUAAUGUAAUGCAUACCUGUACCCCCCCCCCCCCCCCCCAUUUUAUUGUUUUCAUUGAAUUUAAUUUAAUUUAUGAGUGAAGUGACCGUAUCUAUUGUACAGGAGUACAGGAGACUGAUCUGUUCAAUUGUACCUUACACCUUUUAGCCAAAUGCAGUGCACUUUGUCACUUUUUGAUUUUUUCCAUUUUACAGCAUCUGUAUGGAAGGGGGAAACUGAGAAAAUAAGUAUCUUUGAGUUCAUAUCCUCAUUUGACCUAGCAUGGUUUAUUAUACUUGUCUUAAGCCCCACUAUUACAUCUAAUUCUGAAUCCCUACUUGAGAAUUUAAAAAGUAUGGAUUUACUGGCUUUCCCCUGUUUUGAGCUCCAAGAAGGCCUCUCAUGGACACUGAAAACUGUUAACUUGACCUUACCUAAACUUGUUACCUCAUCACACUGGAAUUUGUACAGUUGCCAGAUUACAAUUUUGCAAUAUUGUUUUUAAAUAGUAGUGUUUAAUACGGAUCUGUAUGUCUGUAUGUUUUCAAUUAUGUUGAAGAAGGGGACAAGGGUUGUGAUACUUGUUGCAACAUUUUAAGUGUUAGUGUAACUAUUUCACUCAUCUGUGUUACACUUUCAAAUAAAUACUGUCCAAUCACCAGG